AUGCUUGCGCAAACACUCUUCAGCUCCUUGUUGGAGCUUGCUAAGAGAGAUGAGGAAGACCCCGACGCUUCGGACCCCCCGAAGCAGGAAAACAACGCAUCAUGGGCCAUCUUCAUUCUGAUUGUGCUGCUAAUUGUGGCUUUCUGCACGAGCUACAUCAUGCAGCAGCGGAAAAUUACAGCCAUCCAUGAGACUGUCGUGUCCAUCUUUGGCGGCAUGAUUGUUGGCCUGGGCCUCCGGAUCUCAGGUUUCGACUCGAUCCGCGACCUUGUCAACUUCAACUACCAAUACUUCUUCAACCUCCUUCUUCCUCCCAUCAUCCUGUCAUCGGGCUACGAACUACAUCAGGGCAACUUCUUCCGAAACAUCGGCACCAUUUUGACUUUUGCAUUCGCUGGAACAUUCAUCUCUGCCGUUGUUAUCGGAGUGCUGCUCUGGAUCUACACGGCCAUAUCCCCAGAGGGGCUUGACGUCUCUUGGAUCGAUGCGAUCUCCGUCGGUGCUACCUUGUCCGCCACGGAUCCUGUGACCAUCCUGGCCAUCUUCAAUACCUUCAAGGUCGACCCUAAGCUCUACACUAUCAUCUUUGGCGAGUCUAUUUUGAACGACGCUGUCGCCAUUGUCAUCUUCGAGUCGGCCCAAAGUGCGGGAACCAAGGGUGGGGGGAUUGGAAUUUUCAGCAUGCUCCAUGGAAUCUGGUACUUCUUGUCCGAGUUCUUUGGCAGUUUGAGCAUCGGUGCCAUUGUUGGUGUCGCAACUGCCCUCGGCCUGAAAUAUACCUAUGUCCGGAGAUAUCCCGGCAUUGAGACGUGCCUGGUCGUCCUGAUCGCCUAUGCGACGUAUUUUUUUGCGCAAGCCAUUAGCAUGUCUGGCAUCGUCGCCCUGCUGUUCUGCGGCAUCACCCUCAAGCACUAUGCCUACUUCAAUAUGUCGCGCCGGACACAGCUGGCCACCAAGUACAUCUUCCAGGUUCUUGCGCAAUUGUCCGAGAACUUUAUCUUCAUCUAUCUUGGACUUGCACUGUUUACCGAGAAGAAUUUGGUCUAUCAGCCGCUUCUCAUCAUCGUUACUGUUCUCGCCGUGUGCGCAGCCCGAUGGGUGGCUGUCUUCCCCUUGUCCCGAGCUAUCAAUUGGUUCAUCCGCUAUCGAGCCCGUCGUCGCGGUAUGGAAGCUGGGGAUGAGCUGCCAUAUAGCUACCAAGUAAUGCUCUUUUGGGCCGGUCUUCGUGGUGCCGUCGGGGUUGCCUUGUCUGCUUUGUUCACCGCCAAGGAGACCCAAGCGCUACAGGCCACUGUUCUCGUCGUUGUCGUGUUGACGGUCAUUAUCUUUGGUGGUACCACAGCUCGAAUGCUUGAGAUCCUUGGCAUUCGCACGGGUGUUGCUGAUGAUAACGACUCGGAUGACGAAUUCGACAUCGAGGCCAUUGGUGGUGGAGGAGUCUACAAGCGCACCGACACCGGCGUUGGCUACACUCCCCAUACCGGUCGGGGUGGCGCUGCUCUGCCCCUGAACAACGUGGGCCCAAGUGGAAGCGCGUCCGGAGACAGAAGAGGUCGCAACGGUUGGGCCUCAGGGCACCACUCCCCCAAUGCCGGCAGCCGCAGCCGUAAGAGCCCCCGACUGGGCGCGUCCCACAACGAAUAUGAGCGGACCGACCUGCUCGGUCCAACCUCCUCUACAGGCGGCAGCAGCGUCGAGUCCGACUUUGGCAGCGACAUCGACAUCUCGGACCUGCCGCCUCCCGCCAACAACUCCCGCACCAGGUCGAUUCCUAGUCCCCUGCUGGGUCCCAGCUCUGCGGCGACGCCAAGUAGUGGUACCCAGGCUGCCGGAGGUUCGUCGACGACAGGCCAGCAGCCCCUCACGGCCACGGCCGCCAUUCGGCAGUUGCUUAGUGCUGAGAAUCCUACGGCACUACUGAGGCAGCUGGAUGAGGAGGUUAUUAAGCCGAAGCUGUUGCUGGAUGCUGGGAGUGGGCGUGGUGGACCUGGAGGGUCUGGCUCUCAUUGA